AUGCCGGAGAACACAAUACAGCAAAAAUGUUGGACAGAGAACUAUACUUCCAUCAUCAUUUGUUGGGAGUCGCGAGAUAUGCAUCAGACGUACCAAGAUGCAGAUGGCUUUGGUGCACAUAUUUGUAAGCCAGACAUAUUCCUUACUAUGACGUGCAAUCCGUCGUGGUCAGAAAUAGUAGCAGAAUUACUACCGGGCCAACAACCUCAUGAUCGUCCAGACUUGCUAACAAGGGUAUUUCAUGCCAGACUCGAGGAGUUAAAAAAGGAUGUGUUAGAAAGGAAUGUUCUUGGGAAGGUAGUUGCUUAUGUAUAUGUGAUUGAAUUCCAAAAACGAGGGCUUCCACAUGUUCAUAUGUUACUAAUUCUUGACCAAAGUGACAAGCUUGCCACUCCUGAUGAUUACGAUAAAAUAGUGAGAGCAGAAAUUCCUGACCAACAACAAGAACCAGAGCUCCAUAAAAGGAUUCUUAAACACAUGAUUCACAACCCAUGUGGUGUCCAGAAUCCACGUUCACCAUGCAUGAAACAAGGGAGUUGUAAGAAGGGUUUCCUAAGUCAUUCUCUAAUUGUACAAAGCAAGGAAAUGACUCAUAUCCCAUCUACCGUCGGCGUCAAGAUGCUCCACCUAGAUAUGCACAGCAUUAAGUGUGUCAAAUAUUUAUACAAAUACAUCCAUAAGGGUUCUGAUAGAGUUUCCAUGGAAGUUCAUAAAGGGGAUGAGAUUGCACAGUUCGUUGAUGCAAGAUGGAUUUGUGCACCUGAAGCUAUGUGGAAAUUUUACAAAUUUCCAAUGACUCGGAUGAACCCGUCGGUAGACCGUCUGCAAGUUCACUUGCCAAACAUGCACCAAGUUAGAUUCGAAGGAAACCAGCCUAUCGAAAGCAUUUUGGCUGACCCAAGGAACUCCAAAACAAUGUUGACUGAGUUUUUCAAGAUGAAUUCAGUAGAUCCUGAAGCCAGAAAUUACUUAUAUAGAGAAUUUCCAGAAAAAUAUAGAUGGAUUAAUUCCACGCGAGAGUGGCGCCGAAGGAAAACCAUGCAGAGAGUAAUUGGUCGAUUGUAUUCCACGCGAGAGUAA